AUGCAAUUGUAUGAUACUGUUACUGUUAGCCGUCAUGAGUUGGGAUCAAUGAAUGUGGAAUGUUCGCAUUGUUAUGCAUUAUACUGGAUAGAUGAAAAGGUGGCUGGUAGUGUAUUUAAUCCAGUAUUUAGUACCUGUUGUGUAAAUGGAAAAGUACAACUGCCAAUUAUUAAUCAACCACCUGAGCCUUUGCUUUCAUUACUUAUUGAGAAGAUAGUAGAUCUUUUGACACAACAAGAUAUUGAAAACUGUUCAUUGCAUAUAUUAGAUGAUAUUCUUAUGCAACAAAGCAAAACUUUAAAAGAUUUUCCAAAAAUGCCUAUUCCUAAUAUUAUACAUGACUUUUCUAACCGCUUACUAAAUGAUGAGCUAAAUUAUGACCAAUUAAAACUUUGUGAUUUUCUUGAAAAAAAUAUUCCAUGUCUUAAUGAAGAUCAAUAA